AUGGGUACGAAUCAGCUUGGUGGUAUUUAUGCCAGUGGACGUCCACUACCAGUAUAUCUUCGAGAACGUAUCAUCCAAAUGGCUGCUUCAGGAGUUAAACCUUGUCAGAUAUCAAGACAACUGCGAAUAUCACACGGUUGUGUCUCCAAAAUUCUGUCCAGGUAUCGCGAUACAGGCUCAAUCCGAGCUGGUAAAAUUGGUGGUUCAAAACCUAAGAAAUCGCUUCCUCAGGUGGUGACAGCGAUUGCAAUUUACAAGCAUUGUCGACCAUCGAUGUAUUCAUGGGAGAUUCGCAGUCAGCUUAUCAGUGAUGGCAUUUGCAGUGCAUUCAAUGUUCCAAGUAUUUCUUCGAUUAGUAGGAUAAUCAGGACAAAACUUGGUAUCAAGAAACGAACUGAUUCCACUGACAUUGGAUCACCGGCAGUCACCGAAACGAAUACAUACUACCGCCCACCAAUACUGGAUGCAAGAAUAUUUGAGAAACAGUAUCAGAAGGAUAGGAAAAUGGAUAUGUAUAAGAGUAUCAGAUAUACUAUGCAAAAUGAUAAUAAUAAUAAUUUAUCACUUAUGAAUUUACCGAAUCCUCGGCGAUUUCAGAUCUCAUCAUUUAAUAGAUUUAAUUGCUAAAAAAGCGGGG